GCGGCGGCGGCGGCCCGGGCUCGGCUGUCGGGGAAGCUGCUGAGCUGUGAUGGUGAUGACGAGGUGAAAAUGGCGGAUCUUUCGAAAUACAAUCCCGGCCCCUGACAUACCAGAGGCGGCGGCCGCGACGACGUCGCCACCCGGGCUCCCUCCUGGGUCCCGGGAUACGCUGUAGCACUGCAGUUCGGGUAAAGUGGGAAAGGAAGCGGCUGGACAGAGCUACCGUGCACAGGCAAAAUAAGCACUGCCCGGGCUGGGAAUUGCUCAGGACCUUCUGCAACCCGCUCCUUGGAGCCCAAAGGCGGAGAGAGCGGCAGUCGCUGGAGCACCUGAUCAUCUUUCUAGCAGCAGAGCGAUCAUGGAGGUGGUGCCAGCUGAGGUGAAUAGUUUGCUUCCAGAGGAGAUAAUGGACACUGGUAUAACAUUAGUGGAUGAGGAUAGUAUUGAGGCUGUUAUUGUUUCAUCCCCAAUUCCCAUGGAGACAGAACUGGAAGAAAUUGUCAACAUAAAUUCUACUGGUGAUUCUACAGCCACGCCCAUUUCCACGGAACCAAUCACAGUGUACAGUAACCACACUAACCAAGUUGCAGUGAAUACCACAAUUACUAAAGCAGAUUCUAAUACCACAGUGAAACCAGCUUUUCCAAGUGGCCUUCAAAAACUUGGUGCUCAGACUCCUGUGACUAUAUCAGCCAAUCAGAUUAUUUUAAACAAAGUAUCACAGACAUCUGAUCUUAAACUUGGCAAUCAGACCCUUAAGCCAGAUGGACAGAAGUUAAUUUUAACAACUUUGGGCAAGUCUGGUUCACCAAUUGUUUUAGCACUACCCCAUAGCCAACUACCCCAGGCUCAGAAAGUUACAACUCAGGCGCAGUCAGGAGAUGCUAAGUUACCAUCGCAGCAAAUUAAAGUAGUUACCAUUGGAGGGAGGCCAGAGGUGAAACCUGUCAUUGGUGUCUCAGCAUUGACCCCAGGAAGUCAACUGAUUAAUACUCCAACUCAGCCCUCUGUGUUACAGACCCAACAGUUAAAAACAGUACAGAUUGCUAAGAAGCCUCGAACACCAACCUCUGGCCCAGUAAUCACGAAGCUGAUCUUUGCAAAACCAAUCAAUAGUAAAGCAGUUACAGGACAGACAACUCAAGUGUCACCACCAGUCAUCACAGGUAGGGUUCUUUCACAGUCUACUCCUGGAACUCCAUCAAAGACCAUCACAAUAUCUGAAAGUGGUGUUAUUGGAUCAACUUUAAAUUCUACAACACAAACACCAAAUAAAAUAGCCAUCUCACCUUUGAAAUCGCCAAAUAAGACAGUGAAAUCAGCUGUGCAGACCAUCACUGUUGGAGGAGUGAGCACAUCACAGUUUAAGACAAUUAUUCCUCUGGCUACUGCUCCCAAUGUUCAGCAGAUUCAAGUGCCUGGAAGCAAGUUUCAUUAUGUCCGACUUGUUACUGCCACAACAGCCAGUAGCUCAACCCAGCCAGUUAGUCAGAAUCCCAGUAUAAACACUCAGCCUCUCCAGCAAGCAAAGCCAGUGGUUGUUAAUACAACCCCAGUGCGGAUGUCGGUUCCAUUUGUCCCAGCUCAGGCUGUCAAACAAGUUGUUCCAAAACCAAUGAAUUCAACAUCACAAAUAGUGACUACUAGCCAACCACAACAACGGCUUAUCAUGCCUGCCACACCACUGCCACAGAUCCAGCCCAACCUCACUAACCUGCCACCAGGUACUGUCCUGGCACCAGCUCCAGGAACAGGGAAUGUGGGUUAUGCAGUGCUUCCAGCUCAGUAUGUUACUCAGCUACAGCAGUCUUCAUACGUGUCUAUAGCAAGCAACUCUAACUUUACUGGAACAUCUGGUACCCAGACACAGGCAAGGCUUCCAUUCAAUGGCAUAAUCCCAUCAGAGUCUGCCAGUCGGCCCAGAAAGCCCUGUAACUGCACAAAAUCGCUGUGCUUGAAAUUGUAUUGUGAUUGCUUUGCAAAUGGUGAAUUUUGCAACAACUGCAAUUGUACCAAUUGUUACAACAAUUUGGAGCACGAAAAUGAAAGACAGAAAGCAAUAAAGGCAUGCCUUGACAGAAAUCCAGAAGCCUUUAAGCCGAAGAUAGGGAAAGGAAAGGAAGGAGAAUCAGAUCGACGGCACAGCAAAGGGUGUAAUUGCAAGCGAUCAGGAUGUCUUAAAAACUACUGUGAAUGCUAUGAGGCAAAAAUAAUGUGUUCUUCAAUAUGCAAAUGCAUUGGUUGUAAGAAUUUUGAAGAAAGCCCAGAACGAAAGACAUUGAUGCACUUAGCAGAUGCGGCAGAAGUAAGGGUCCAGCAACAGACAGCAGCUAAGACCAAGUUGUCCUCUCAGAUCUCAGACUUGCUUACGAGGCCAACCCCAGCUUUGAAUAGCGGAGGAGGAAAAUUGCCAUUUACAUUUGUAACUAAGGAAGUAGCUGAAGCCACGUGUAAUUGCCUUCUUGCCCAGGCAGAGCAGGCAGACAAGAAGGGAAAAUCGAAGGCAGCGGCAGAGCGGAUGAUACUGGAGGAAUUUGGACGGUGUUUGAUGAGUGUCAUCAACUCUGCAGGAAAAGCAAAGAGUGACCCUUGUGUCAUGAACUGCUAACUCUUG